AUGAGUGAUCUCGGGUUACUAUCAAACUAUCUUGGUAUCGAGGAAGACCAAAAGAAAGAUAACAUCGAGGUGAAGCAGGAAGCUUAUACGAAGAAGGUGUUGAAUAGUUUGCAAUGGAGGAUUGUAACUCGAGCAAGUAUCCUAUGGAAAAAAAUUUUGAAGCUUGAAAAGGAUGUGGGAGGAAGCUUAGUGAAUCUGAAGGAGUAUAGGCGUAUCAUAGGGUGUCUUAGGUACUUGACGCACACUCGACCUGAUAUCUCUUAUGCAGUUGGCAUAAUUAGUCGAUACAUGGAGAAACCUACCACUCUACGCCAACAAGCAGUAAAAUAA